AAUUGUGAUGCUCUUAAAGUAGACAUGUAAAACAGUAUGUCACGUGUUAUAUAUGUGAAAAUCACUAAUCACGAUCACUAAUGUUUGCAGACGACGAAAUUAAUAUUCUGGUCAUUGUGUUAGAUGUCAACCCUAUUUGGUGGGGCCAGCAAGCUCAGCGGGAACCUCAGUUCACUCUUUCAACAUGCCUGGAUUCUUUGAUGGUCAUGGCAAAUGCCCAUUUAGUGAUGUCAAGAACCAACAAACUAGCCGUCAUUGCAAACCUGUAUCAAAAGAGCCACUUUCUAUAUCCAAGUAAGCAGUGGAAAUCAGGGGAUGAAAUAUCUGUAAGUAGCGAUGGCAAAUAUGAACUUCUGUCAGUUACCAAUGAACUCUUUGCGGAAGAGAUCAGGAAUCUCAUGGACAGAAGUAAGUUAUUUAAUGAAUUAAUUAUUAUUAUUCAGGUUAAAGGAAU